GCCAGAAGUGGUUUGCACUGCAACCAUGGAUAUCAUAGACCCAAUCCUGUCUAUAGCAGAGAAAUUGUCUGCAGUUUGCGAUGAGGUAAAAGCCAACAAGAAGCGCUGCAGACGUCUGGUACAGCGAGUGUCUGCUCUGGUGGAGCUGGUCAAUGCGGUAAAACAUAACGGUUUGGGUAAAAAUCCAGAACUUGUACAGAGGGGCUUACGAGAGCUUAAAGUCACUUUGGAGUCUGCUGAACAAGUUUUGAAAAAAUACGCCUCAUCCAGCUGUCUGAAACGCAUCGUGAAGGCAUUUGACCUCGGCGAGGAGUUUGGGAGCUUGAACGAGCGUCUGAACGAUGCAGCCCAACUGCUAUCACUGGCCCUACAGGUGGAGCAGAGAAAAAGGAUGGAAGAAGUGUUCAAAGAGGACAAGAGGACGAAAGAGGAUGAAGAUGACAGACGAUAUGACUGUGAUGAGCUGCAGAAUUUGCUUCAGUCUUUGGCAGAUGACAACAAAAACAAUAAAGUGAGCGUGGAUGCUGUGCAUGUAAAAGUUGAACAAACCCAGAAAGAUGUCCAGGACAUAAAAGGCAUACUGGAAUCAUUGAGAAGACCCAGCCUUCAUCUGCAGGACAUCAGAGAGAUCAGACCUGAGGAAUUGACCUAUGACCUUCCCAUCGAGCCAAUCAUGAAGUGUGAGAAUUCUGAAUUGUUCAAAGGAGAGUAUAACAAGUUCACCGUGGCCAUCAAGAGAUAUGCAUAUCCAGUAAACACCAGCCCACAACAAGUGAGAAGCAUUUUUAAUAAGGAAGUGGAGACUAUGAAACGCUUUGAGUCACCUCAUAUCCUGAGGAUGUUCGGGAUCUGUGUUCAGAAUGAGAAUGGGCCAAAACCAACCUACCUCAUAGUGAUGGAGUUCUGUGAGAAGGGCAAUCUAAGACAGGUGCUCGACGGUCCCAGUAAGUUACCUUGGGACAGAAAAAUCCACAUGUGUCUAGAUGCAGCACAAGGAUUAUACAGGUUGCAUCAGUCAGAAGAGAAGUUUAAGGUACAUGGCUGCAUCACUAGCUGCAAGUUUCUAGUGGCAGCUGGCUACCGAGUAAAGCUUGGAGGAUUUGAGUUGGCAAAGACAGAAAUAUCCCUAAAGAACAGUAAGCAGAAGGGGAACAGCUUGAAGAUGUACAUUUCUCCACAGCAGCUGCAAGACAUAAACCAUCAGUAUGACAAAGCCUGUGAGAUCUACAGUUUUGGCAUCGUCCUGUGGGAGAUCGCAACACGGCAAGUCCCCUUUAAAGAUUGCAAUUCCACUAGUAGCAUCUAUAAAAAGGUGUGUGAGGAGAAGAUAAUGGAGCCCCUGCCGCCUGACUGUCCGCGUCAGCUGAAGGAUCUCAUUAAUGCUUGCCGUUCAUUUGAGCCAUUCCAAAGACCUUCUGCUGGAGUGUUGGUGGACAAGCUACGCACACUAGCACAGCAGUAUGAUGAGGACUAAAGCCAAAGCACAGCCACAUUUGUCCCAACAGGUGUAGUCCUUUGUGUACAGUUUGGAAACAAUGUGAAACAGAGAACGUCACUGAGUUUCUUGCCUAGACUCAAUAUUUAAACUUAUUUUUCAUUAUUAUUUAAAAAUGUAAAAAUUUGUAAAAUAAAAAAGUAUGUCUAUGAUAUCAAACAGUACGAAUUUUUACAAAUGUCUAUUUUGUGUAUAAGUUUUAGUUCUCAGUAACAGCAUCUGAUACCAUUUCUGUCAGUUGUUUCAGGGUUAAUACAUAUUGUAUGAAUUUGUAGAUUCAAUUAAAAUUUGAAUAAACUCACAUUUUUGUGCAAUAGGCUGUUGGCUGUUGUGGGACAGUAAUCACCAGUAGGGUGGAGUUAUGCUGUUAUAACCUUCAAUUAUAAUUUUCUAUUAUUUGAAUUUCAUUUUAUUUUAUUUUAUUUUUUCAACAAUAUAAAAAAAUGUUAUUUUAAU